CAAUAAAAAUUUGUAAACAGUUUUAUCUUUUUGUAAUAUUUAUAUGUGUCAAAGCUUCAGAAAGUAUUUAUGGUUGGUUAGCCAUUUCAUUUAUGAUAUAAAAAUUACGUUAUCGUAAGAUUUAAAGUGUUAAAGCUUUUUACAAUAUGCAAGAUUCAAUUCACGAUUUUGAUAAUGUUACCCCUCACAUUUGGCUGUCGAACGAAAAUACAUGGAAAGAAAAGCUCCUGAAACUGCCAAACUGGAACAAGAUACCUCUUAUAAACUCCAAUGCAUCUCACAAUUUGUCAGAUGGAGCCCUGGUGAGAUUCCGAGGAAUGGUACAAGAUAUGUACAACCCAGAGUUUUAUUUGGAACAGUUUAAUGUUUUAAAUACAAACACAAAAACAACAACAACAAAAUCAGGCAAAUAUACUGAAACUGCUGAUGUACUUGAACAUGAGAAAAUUCUACACUCAGAUGAAAUGAAAUGUUCUCAGCGUCAGAAGAUAGUAGUUGUCUCUAUUCCUGGUCUCAAUGAGUGGGCACAAAAACUAGAAGAUGAGCAAAACCGUCUCACACAUUUAGAUCAGCAUCCAAACUCGACAAAACGCUUAACAAGUUCCACUCAGAUUAAGAGGAGUUAUGAGGAAACAGAAGAUGAUCCAGAGGCUAUGGAUACUGCAGAGAAUGAGAUUAACAAGCGGGAAAGAAAGACAGAUGAACCAGCUAGUGCACCAGGGACAGUGGUGUCUAGAGAGCAUUUACUUAAUUUCCCCUUACCAGAUGUUGCUAGUAAAUCAUGUAUUGUGAAGCUAUAUGAAAAUGAUGAUAACCUGAAAGUGAAUGACAUAGUUGAAGUAGUCGGCUUCCUAUCAGUAGAUCCGGCAUUAUCUGCCGAGUUUAAGACGGAGAAGAAUGCCUUGGUGGAACCAGUAGUCGAGACAGAUGUGGAAAUUAUUACACACAAUCCCCCCCCAAGUCUUAUUCCGAGGGUGCAUGCUGUGCAUCUGAGGACGCUGGAGCACUGUAAUCCGUUGUUGAGCAAUGAAUAUAGUCAAGAGAAUGUGCUAAAAGAGGCAAAUGUGGCGAGGGAACAUUUGCUUAAAGCACUGAAGGAGCUACUAUUGGGCGAUCAGUUGGCAGCGGAAUACUUAAUAUGCCAUCUAAUAGCUUGUAUAUAUUUACGCCAAGAGACGUUAACACUGGGUAAAUUUGGAUUAAACAUAUCAAACCUGCCGAUUCAGAAGUAUUCCAACUAUGGACAGCAGUUGUAUGACAUCAUAAAACAGUUUGUCACACAAAGUUACUACCUCCCACUCACAAUAGAGAAUCUAAACACAAUGGCACUGUUACCAAAAAAAGAUUAUGACAGCAACCGUCUUACAAGUGGCAUACUGCAAAUGGGAAAACACACACAUUUAGUUUUAGAUGAGACGAAGAUGGAACAGGGUCGUUUGGAUAAUACCGGUGUUAAUAACGUAGCAGCACUUGCAAAACUAAUCACACAGCAGACAAUUGAAUAUGACUUCAAGUUUUACAAGAAGGACUUUGAUUCUGAUGUCUCUGUAUUAAUAUUGUCAGAAGGAAAAUCUUUAUUGCCUAGUGAUUAUCAUGUUAUACUGAAACCUGAAGAAUCUACGUUGCAAAUAUUCGAUGCAAUUGUUGAAGCAGCAACGUAUUACUUAAAAGAAGAUAUUAUGAACACAAUUAGAGCAUAUUUAACAAAUUUAAAACUCGCUAAGUAUACUGUCAGCGAGAAUGUACAGUUUGUUGAAGAUGAUUUUAUUCAAAUGAGAAAUAAUCCAGAUAAUGAUGGUUCAAUGACCGCUGAUGAUUUACACAGACUUUUAGUCCUGGCGAGACUAGUUAGCCUUUCUCGUGGUUUCGAUUCUCUCAACAAAGAGUGCUGGGAUAUAGCUAAAGCUAUGGAGUCUGAAAGAUUACUUAGAAUUAAGAAUAGGGUGGCACCCACUCUGUAAUUUGUUUGUUAUUUAUCAUGCCUUUUAGUUUGUAUUAAAUUUCAUUUUUU